UCUAGGAGACCAGCGGACUCCAGGAGACCCGCGGACCUCGGCGAACCCUCGCUCGAUCCAUCCACCACGCUCGGAACCAUGGCGGCAGUGGCGGCAGCCUCGGCUGAACUGCUCAUCAUUGGCUGGUACAUCUUUCGCGUGCUGCUGCAGGUGUUCCUGGAAUGCUGCAUUUACUGGGUAGGAUUCGCUUUUCGAAAUCCUCCAGGGACACAGCCCAUUGCAAGAAGUGUUCAGAUACUCCCUGCAGAAGCUGGCCUACACCGUGUCCCGGACCGGGCGUCAGGUGCUGGGGGAGCGCCGGCAGCGAGCCCCCAACUGAGGGCCCACCUCCCAGCCCUGGGCGGCCGUGUCAUCAGGUGCUCCUGUGCAUCUCGUUCAGCACGGGAGCCAGUGCCGCACAGGAAUGGGGGGUCCCCCGUGCUCCCUCGCCAGAGGGGCACUAGCCAAGGUCAGUGAGGGGCCGGCAGGCCCCCCGGAGAAGCGACAAUGACGACGAAACCAGACCCUUUCCCAUCCCUUUGCACCCGUCCCAUUUGUGGGCGGAGCGGGAGGGGGGGGGAUGAGGAGCAGACCCCCAUCUGGGCAUAGGCACCACAUUCUGAUCUGGAGGAAGCCGGGACGGCGCCAUCCCGGCCAGCAAGCCACGGCCAUACCAGCAGGCCCUACCGUGGAAGCCCAACACUCCACCGGCCAGCAGAAUGGACAUUCUGACAUCACCAGCCGAAAAGCCCUGAAUCUCAGCGCAGCAGAAAAAGCAACACCUCUGUGCCUGUGUGGCGGGACUGAGGGGGCGGGGCAUGAGCGAGAAGGGAGGGGGUUAGGAAAUUAAGUGGGGCCCUCUCACUGUCCCUUGCGUAUGGCACCUGUACUUUGCUGCCUCUGCCCCUCAUUCCCCCUUUCCCCUACUGCCUCCCAAGCCCACUCCCACCCCCCGCAAAUGUGUCACUUGAUUCGGACCUAUUCAACCAGCAAAUUAAUCCCAUCUCUACUAAAACAUCUUCUCCGAACCCCCCGCCCCUCACUGAUCUUGCUUUCCCCGGUCUCACGCAAUUGUGUUGUAGUAAACGCUAAUUGUACUGAUUUAGUCUGCUUAGUUGUGUCUCCCCAGCUAGAUUGUAAGCUCCUGGAGGAUAGGGACCGCCUCUGCAAAAAAUAAAAGAGUGCCUCCCCCAUCUUGCAGUGUCCUAGGACCCUGCGGGGUGGUGGGGGAACACCAAAA